GGGGAUAUUUUUUGGAUAAUAUUUCGGGCAGUUUGUGUUAUAUGGCUUCAAACCAUUAUGACAGAAAAAGUCAAAUUCAGCUCAACGCACGGACAGAAUAUCACACUGACCAACUCUUCAUCAACUGCAACAUGGUCUCCUAAACAAUUUAGCGGAUGGGCGUCUUCGUCGAGUCCGCUGGAACAAGGACAGACCGUGGUUGUAGAAUUGAACGGAAGCGGUCACUGUGAAUUGGGACUUUUCAAAGAAGAUCCUGAAGCGACAAAUCGGACAAAGCAGACGUUCAAACAGAUAAAUGAAAUACGUAUACAUAAACGGAAAUGUGUGAUUCCUGUUACACUGAAUGAGAGAGGCACUGAGGUCAGUUCUCAGUUCUUGGAAAAAACAUUUACAAAAUCUUUUGACCGGAACACCAAGUUAUGGCUGACGAUUAUUGUAAAGUUUGGAAAAGUUUCUGCAAAGUUGCUGUUGAACGGUUCUCCUGAAAAUCCAAUUAGCUUUUCACGAAAUCAUGGGGCAAAUAUCAACCUUGAAGAAAAUAACUACACUGCGUCAACUAUAAUGUUAAAUCCAUCUUCCACGUGUUAUGUUAAAGAGAAGAUAACAAUAGGUGAAGAGCUUUCAUUUCAGUGUGAACCACUUCUAGACGGUGACCGUGAACCAAGUCGGUUUCACGUCAAGUUUGAUGUUUAUGAAAGAAACCCGGAAGGCCUAAAGAAGGAAUUUAAACAUUUAUUUGACUCUGGUCCGGUUUCUGCCAGUGAGUCACCAACAACUAAUUUAGAAACAUUUGAAAAAGAUGAUUGUAAAGGAAAGAUACUUGUAACACUGAUCAAUGAAAGAACAGUUGGUUAUAGGGCUGCAUCAAGCAAGUACAAUGAGCAGACACUACGUAAUGGUAGUGACGGCAGUGUUUGGGUUAUUUUAGAACUAUAUAGGACUACUGUGACAGUCAGCAAAAGAAGAGAAAGCGGUGUUAGUAAUAAUACCAACGUUGUAGAUUCUGUCGUCAGAGAACCUUCAAAUGUUGAUGCUGAAAAUUCAAUUGAUCCAUUUUUAUCGCACCAAGAUAAAACUGAAUUGAAACGGCAAGUGAGUGAUUAUUCUGAGGUUACGGGAGUGAAAACAGUUGAUGAGAAUACUACAGACAGAAGACUGGCUGCCCUUGAAUUCGAACAUACCCUGCUUCAUGAAAAGGUUGAUAAAAUAACACAUACAUUACAAAACGCUGUUGCGUGUAAUACCCUCUCAUUGCCGUCGUCAUCAGGGAAAGGUGUUAUGACUAGACAAAUAUCUGCACCAACUAGAAUAUGCUCAUUAGAUGACAGACUGAUUAAUGUGCGUCGAAAUUUCACUCACCUGAUCAAGGACAUGCAUUGCGUUCCGUUGUCAGAUAAAUUGUUCGAAAGGGAGAUAAUUACAAGAAAUGAAUACCAAGAAAUAACUACCGAGUCCACUCCAGAUUCAGGUAAUAGAAAGCUGCUUCUAAUAAUAUCAAAAAAGAGAGUUAUGAAAUCAAAAAUGGAUGAAAUACUUGACGAAACUGAACAAAAACAUCUGAAAGAUUUGUUUUAGGGUCAACUCUAGUCACAGCUUUUAUUACAAAGUUGUGCUCUAGUAAAUAGCUCCACCUGAAAUGGCAGAUAAUGUUUAUCAUUUGUUAUAGUUUUGCCCGUUAUUUUGUUCUUGUUUUUUAUUAUUAAGUAACUGAUCAAAAAGAGAAUUGACUAUCUAUAAUGAGUUUGAAAUUUUCUUCCGGUACUAGAAUUUCCGUUCUUGUGGCUGGUGAAAACAAAAGAAUACAGAUUUGUGAACAUUUAUGUCUUGUUGACAUUUACUCACCGUGUAUUUUCUAAUUCUUUCUCAGCUGUCUAAUAUUUUGAUUUGUAUCUUGUACAUGUAUCUGUUCCGCAGCUAUUUUAUAACUGUUUCUUUAUUGUUUGAUAAUUGUUUUGCGACUGUGUUAUAGCUGUUGCACCGAUAUUUUUAAUGUUUAGAUAUUUUUAAUGUUCAGCCGCCAUUUUAUAUAUUGAUCAUUAUCAUCAUAAAUGUUCAGCAGUAGUGCUGUAUCUUUAUAACUGUAUAUAACUGUAAAUAGCUACAUAAAGCUAUUUAUUUAUACGUACUAAUCAGUGAAAUUUAAUCCAUAUCACUCACUGCAAAUGAUAAAGCUUUUGACUUUAAUGUAUAAUUCCGUAAAUUGGCUUAAGAACAAGAGCGUGGGAAAUACUUUUUUUUACCCUUGGCAUGCUUGGAAAAAUUGUAGUCUGCUAAAAGUAUCAUAAAAAAAGAUUGUUGUUUUUUUUAAAUUUAUAAUAUUUAAUUGUUUCGUUUUGUUCUUUUUGGCAUUUUCUCGAUUAGUAUAUCUACGUCACUUAAAAUCGCACUUAAAAACUUGAAUAUUUUUGUUCGCGUACACGUAUAAGGGACGCCUUCUCUUUUUCCGCGCUUCAAUAAAGACAGGUACAACUCAAUACAAUCAAAAGAAAAUUUGUUUGUUUGUUUGUUUGUUUGUGUGUUUGUUUAUUUGAAAUACUAGUAAAAAUUGUUAUGUUGUUGUUGUUGUUCAAUAUAUAUGAGAAAAUAUCCAUUUUUUACUGAAAUAAAAGAUAUUAUCGAG